CACCACCACCACCACAUCCGAGGCUGGCCUCUGAUCAGUAUUCAUCUUGUUUUUCUCAAGCCCCAAGACCCUGCUUUUUUUCUUGUCUUUGGUCCUCAGCCAUAGUUGCUUCCGAUAUCUGCCCAAUUGUUGUCUCCUACAUGGUUUCGUCAUCCGCACCUAAACUCGCGAUUUCGGUACAAAAUUGGCAGCCAUGGCACCAGGCACUAACGGCCGAGGCGUCCAGGUCGAGGAUACCAAGAUCUGCGUUGUAAUGGUAGGAUUGCCUGCACGUGGAAAGAGUUACAUUGCACAAAAGGCUCAACGUUACCUACAAUGGCUCUCCAUCGACGCAAAGACAUUCAAUGUGGGCAACUACCGUCGAACCGAUGCUCCUCAGCCCUCAGCCGACUUCUUCGACAUGGGCAAUGCAGAGGGAGAGCGUCGAAGGAAAGCGGCCGCCGAGGCUGCCAUAGCAGACAUGCUGGCCUGGUUUCGACAAGGCGGUACCAUUGGAAUCUUGGAUGCGACCAACUCUACUAAAGAUCGAAGAAAAUGGGUUUCAGAUGUGUGCACGCGCGAGGGCAUCGAAGUCAUGUUCGUCGAGUCCAAGUGCGACAACGAGGAUCUGAUCAUGGCCAACAUUCGAGAUGUCAAGACAACGAGCCCCGACUACAAGGGGCAAGAUCCUGAACAGGCCGCACUCGACUUCCGAAACCGUAUCAGGAAUUACGAGAAGGUCUACAAGACAAUCGAUGGUGACGGCGACGAGAGUAGUUACACCUACCUCAAGAUCCUGGACGUCGGCAGCCAGGUCAUUAUCAACCGCAUACAGGACUACCUGCAAAGUCGCGUUGUGUACUACCUAAUGAAUCUCCACAUUCGCCCGCGAUCCGUCUGGCUGUCGAGACAUGGAGAAUCCAUGUACAACCUGGACGGCAGGAUAGGUGGAGACGCUGAUUUGUCUCCUCGAGGGCACCAGUAUGCACAGAAGCUGCCUGAGCUAGUGCGACAAUCAGUCGGAAGUGACCGACCUUUGACCGUAUGGACUUCGACACUGAAGCGAACGAUACAGACUGCUCGUUUCCUGCCUGACGACUACAAUCAACUGCAAUGGAAGGCUCUCGACGAGCUUGAUGCCGGCCUUUGCGAUGGUAUGACUUAUCAAGAGAUCAAGGAUGACUACCCCGAAGACUUCAUUGCCCGAGACGAAGACAAGUACAACUACCGUUACAGGGGUGGAGAGUCGUAUCGCGACGUUGUGAUUAGAUUGGAGCCCAUUAUCAUGGAGCUUGAGAGGUCCGAGGACAUCCUGAUUGUUACGCAUCAGGCUAUCCUUAGAUGCAUUUACGCCUACUUCAUGAAGAAGGACCAAUCGAAAUCACCAUGGAUGAACGUGCCGCUGCACACUCUCAUCAAGCUUACACCGAGGGCGUACGGAACCGACGAGGAGAGAUGGCAAGCAGAUAUCCCGGCAGUGAGCACGUGGAGAGCAAAGGGCAGUACGGCCAAGCACGAGGAUCCCGUACCGGGAACCGCCACUGUCUGAUGAUCAUGCCGAAAUCAGUCACCCGCAACGGCAGAACUACGUAGGACUUCUGGUUCAUUCCUAGGAGUUAUAUUUGCAAGGCAGUCAGCCCCUGUACCAAGUAUACAACCACGGUGAGCUUUGACGAUAGGAAAGGUUGGGAGGCUCCGGAAUGAAGAUAGAGAGCAGGCAAACUGGAAUGCAUCUUUAGGGUCUUCGACGGGACAAAAGGUCUUGCAUGUUUAUAGAGGUAUCUCGGGGAUCAGGCGGUAUGCUCUAGCAGCUAACAACAACCACAAUGACGCGACAUGAACGAUUGUAUAUUUCCAAACUGACGGAAAAGGAUGACGACUAGUCUAGGUAUAAAAUUUGACCGCUGAAUUUCUUAACUGCAUGGCAUGAUAUGAUAUACAAUCUUUCACACGAGCAGUCAAUGUGAGUUUUGCACUUUGCACAGUCUGACGUCCGGCUACAACA